UUAUGUCCAAGACUCGGAUCUUCUGUCUAUUUUAAACUUCCUCGCACACACUCCUCUCUCUCUCUCUGUCUCUCUCUCUCUCUCCCUUUUCUUCUUUUUCCAAGUUGUAAGCGUUCUGGUGUGUUUUUUUGGGUGGUCUCGUGCUGGUUCCUACGUUCUGUUCUGAAGGUUGCUCUGCUUGUUGAAUCUUCCAUAUACCCUUUUGAGUUUUUGAGUAAAAUGGAAACUGAAGACAAGGUCUCAGAGAAGGAGCAAGAAGAAGUUAUUACUGGUGAAACAACAGUAGUCAUUCCCAUUCAUAAGAUCCUUGUUCCUUAUUUCUAGGUCAAAGAUUUGAUGGAAAAAGCCCGAGAAGCUCCGCCGGUUCAUCAUUGGAGAAAACAAAAUCUUUUCCUAGAUAUACCCGCAAAGAAGAUGGAAAUGUGUACUCAUGAUAAUGUCAUGAUCAAAAUGCCGCCGACACCAAGUGCCACCCCUAAGAGAGUAAAUUUUCUCCUGACACCGAGCUCGAACGAAGGGAGAUAUAGCAAUGCAUCCCCAGGUCCCUCCUCUUCUAGGGGCAAAUCAUCCAUAAAAAACUUAUUGCCUAAGUUGAGCUUCAUACACCGAAAUUCAGCAGCAGAUGCUGAGAAAGCCGCCAAUCCAGAUCCAGAGGCUUCAUUCACGGGACUAAGAGACAAGACUUCCAUAGCUAGGUCGCUGUCGCUCACAAAGUUGUUCUCUCCUAGAAUGAACAGAGCAUCUUCGCUACCGGUGACUCCAAUUGGGAACCCCAGUAAAGAAUCCUCGCACAGCCAAAGUGUUUGUAGUACUCCACUGCCAAGUUCAACAGGACCUCGAAGAACAAUUCUGCGGUCACUCUCAGUUCCUGUCAACCAUAAAGAGAAAAGCAUCAGGAGAAUGGACUCUUUCUUCCGCGUUAUACCUUCUACACCCCGUUUAAAGGAAGGAGAUACGAUGUCUAACGUGUCUCAGACAGUUGAUCACGGAAAUGAUUCUGAUGGUGAAGACAUACCCGAAGAAGAGGCCGUUUGUAGAAUUUGUUUGGUUGAGCUGUCUGAGGGCGGGGAAACUCUCAAGAUGGAAUGCAGCUGCAAAGGCGAAUUGGCUCUGGCCCAUAAAGAAUGUGCUGUGAAAUGGUUUAGCAUCAAAGGUAACAAGACUUGCGAUGUGUGCAAACAAGAGGUUCAGAAUCUGCCUGUGACUCUUAUGAAAAUACAAAGCAUCCGCAAUCGAACAGUGGGAGGCACUCAAGUUGAGCAGGAAGAUCUUAGUCAAUACAGGCUGUGGCAGGAAGUGCCAGUCCUCAUCGUUGUGAGCAUGCUCGCCUACUUUUGUUUUCUUGAGCAGCUUUUGGUUGCGAAGAUGGGUACAGGCGCAAUUGCCAUAUCUGUUCCAUUUUCUUUUGUUUUAGGUCUCCUAGCGUCCAUUACUUCAUCAACCAUGGUGAAGAGCAGAUAUGUCUGGGUCUAUGCAUCUUUCCAGUUUGGCUUGGUGGUUCUCUUCGCUCAUGUGUUUUACUCUUUGGUUCAUCUGCAAGCCGUCCUAUCAGUUCUCUUUGCGUCUUUUGCUGGUUUCGGCGUUGCAAUGAGCGGGAGUUCGAUUCUUGUCGAGUUCUUGAGAUGGAAGAGAAGAUGGCAUGCCGCCCAUUCGGUGCAAUUUCGCCAUGCUCAGGUGGCAACACGUCCAGGCCAGGUUCCUCGGGGAUCUCCGGAUUCACCAUGGGAAGGAUCCUCUCUGAGCCAUCCGACCCAAGUGAACAAUCCGGAAACUUUUAGCCGAAGUUGAACUGGUUGGUACUCCGAAGCAGACCUCGCAAAAAUUUCCAUUUGGCAGAAUGUGGGCCU